GAUCUCGAAACUUUCCCAAAAUUCUGGCUGUACACCACACUUGAAACAUCAACAGUACUAUUAGGCCCACUCCCCACCUCCGACGGCAGCACGACGAGACGAAAUACAUUCAGCUACGAGCGGUAGUCACCCUCAACUUAACGAUCAUCAACCAUUUACCAUGUCGAACCUCAAACGCCCAGCGGAAGAGGCCUUCGACGCCGUGGAGGGCCUCUCGCCGUCUUCAAAGAAGUCAAGGAUCGAUGAUUACGACAAAAGUCUCACUCCAGCAAGCGCAAUCGCGAAUGGUGCCGAAACACGGGAAGGGUCAAACGAGGAGAAGGCGGAACAGACCAAUGGCGAAAACAACAGCAACGAAGUAAAGGACGAGGAGGAUGACGACCUGGAGGCUGGCGAGGAGGUUGAGGUGAAGGCGCCAAUCCGACAAGCCGCCCCAACAGAAGGCUACGACGAUCUCUACCUCGACACAAUCGACCGUAAUGUUCUCGACUUCGACUUCGAGAAGCUAUGUUCCAUCAGUCUCUCAAACAUCAACGUUUACGCCUGCCUCGUAUGCGGCAAGUACUUCCAGGGUCGGGGUCCCAAGUCGCACGCCUACUUCCACGCGCUCGACGAAGGCCACCACGUGUACAUUAACAUGAGCACCCAAAAGGUCUACGUGCUGCCGGAGGGCUACGAAGUCAAGUCCAAGUCUCUCGACGACAUCAAAUACGUCUCGGACCCGCGCUACACGCGCCAGGAGGUUCUCGACCUGGACCGCAAGCCGCACGUGUCGCGCACGCUUCUAGGCAAAGAAUACGUGCCGGGGUUCGUGGGUAUGAACAACAUAAAAGAUAACGACUACCUGAACGUGAUCGUACAGGCAUUAUCACACGUCUCCCCCCUCCGCAACUUUUUUCUCCUCGAAGACUUCUCCAAUGCGCCCGAACUAGUUAAGCGUACUUCCAUCCUCUUCCGCAAAAUCUGGAACCCGCGCGCCUUCAAAUCACACGUCUCGCCCCACGAACUGCUGCAGGAAAUCUCCCUCCGCUCCAACAAGAAAUUCACCCUAACGCAACAAUCCGACCCGGUCGAGUUCCUCUCCUGGUUCCUUAACCACCUCCAUCUGGGGCUCGGCGGCUCCAAAACCAAACCCCACUCCUCUGUCAUCCAGCACAUCUUCCAAGGGAAACUCAAGGUCGAAUCGCAAGCCAUCACCGCGCGCGCCGACCAAGUGCACGACCGACUACGCUUCGAAGAAGCCGCGGACGUACAGUCGUCCGUCUCCCGCUUCUUGCUUCUCACGCUCGACUUACCGCCGGCCCCCCUGUUCCAAGACGAACAAGAACGCAACAUCAUCCCCCAAGUGCCCCUAACCACGAUCCUAGCAAAGUACAACGGCGUAACCGCCCAAGAACUCAACGCGCAGCGCAAGCGGUACCGACUUCAACACCCCCUGCCCCCCUUUCUGGUCUUCCACAUCAAAAGGUUCAGCAAGAACAAGUUUGUCUCAGAAAGGAACCCUACGAUUGUAACUUUUGACGCGCGCAACCUGGAUGUUAGCCCUUACGUGGAGCCGGAUCCGAAUUCGCAUCAACACGGGGAGCCGAUCUGGUAUGAUUUGGUGGCCAACGUGGUGCACGAGGCGGUUAGGAACAAGGAGGACGUGGCGGAUAGUGUCGGGGAGGAGCGAAAGACGUGGAAAGUGCAAUUGCGGGAUAAGGCGACGGAUGAGUGGGUGGUGGCGCAGGAUUUGUUUGUGGACAAGGUGCGGAGCGAGUUGUUGUACUUGAGCGAGAGUUAUUUGCAGAUUUGGGAGAGGAGGAGGGAACCUCCGCCGGGCAAGGGGAAGGGGAAGGCGUGAGGAUUGAAUCAUGCGAGUGCGAGUGGGUAGGAAGAGGUCGAAAGGAGGACACUUGAUGAUUGAGCAGGGGGGUCUUGAAUGGAUAGUGUUAAUGGAGGCCCGUACGAAUGAAAAGGCAUGUCCAUACGCAAAGUCAAGACACCAUGAUAAGAGAUUUUCUGACGUCCAAUACUUGGGAUCAAGCGUUCAACGAGAUAUCUGACAUACCCCCUGCUUCACCCCCUUACAGUUUCGCAUGCUCAAAGAACAAUGGACCAUGCCAGCAAGCAUCAUAUGCAUGCAUGCACAGGUUAUAUAUUUCCCUCCGCCUAAUCCACGUCAAGAUUCCAUCCCA